AUGCUUUGUUCAACCGAUGAAUCAGAUCCAGAUCCAGAUUCCGUUUUACUCUGCGCUGUCUGUAAAGAAGAUUUCUCCGUUGGAGAAUCUGCUCGGAGAUUGCCGUGUAGUCAUAUUUACCAUUCCGAUUGCAUCGUUCCUUGGUUAUCGGAUCAUAACUCGUGUCCGCUUUGCCGAUUUGAGAUUCCCACGGCGGCGGGGAACGGUGGUUCAGAAGCUGAAAUGAGGAUUAGAUUAUCGGAUCUGGCUACGAUUGUUGAUGGAGAUGAGGAAGAAGAUGAUUGGCUUGGGAUUAGAAACGCGUUGAGACGACUCGCUCGUCGUCAUGAGCAAAUGAGAUUAGGAGUUGGAGAAAUGGAGAGAAAUUUAGCUCGAACUGUUUCGGAUUUGGGAAUUGCUUUGAGAAGGGAAGAGAUUGAAGGUGAGAGAAGCAACGCAACACCAUCGUAA